UUUGAUUGGCCGCAAAACAUUGGAUGAUCAGGAUCUGUUGAUCUGUUUGGUGUUUUUGCGAUCGCAUCAAAUAGUGGCGUGUUUUUUGAAAUAUAAUAAAGGCGGAUGGAAAUCGAGAGCACGAAAUGGACGAUAACAAUAUCAACUUUUCGUCGAGCGAAUUCGACUUGCACGACCUUUCAGCAAUAGAUGAUCUUCUUAAUCACUGCGAAAGUGAGCUGUUAACUGGAAACGAUCUCUUUGCCGAUACUGCCCUAUCGGAGUUAGACGAGCUACCCUUGGACGAUUUAAAGUUUGAACAGAGGACUUAUAAUGGAAAUUUUGCUGGUGCGGGUACUACUGCACCAUUUGAAAAUAUUUUCGUUCCUACUGCAGUUCAAACUCCCAGUCAUCAGACAGUCACGAAUAAAGCGAAUCUUAUAACAAAACAAGAAGUGCAGGACAUUUCAAAUCUUGGUGUUCAAUACUCACCGACUAUACAAGGGCCUAAGGUCUUCAUAAAGGCUGAGCCUCCAACUAGUGAGAACUGCAACUCUUUCAUAUAUUCCAAUAUAGUGCAGAACAGUUCUCCAGUGCUUGUGCAGAAAAGUAACAAAAAACCAGUGAAACCUAGACCUCCUCAAACUCAGCCUGUAAUCAUACAAAAUAUUCGACAAAUACCAGCGGAAAACGUUCAGCAGCUUUUACUUCAGACAAAAGUAAUUAAACCGUCAUCGAAGCCUAUUUCCUCUCCACCAAAAACUGUUGUGUACACAACUGUUCCUCACAAUACUUCGUCUACGAUUCAUACAAUAGUACCUGGUCAAACGCAGAUAUUGACCACUGGUAUUCCUCUAGUGCUUGAUUCUAAUGAAAACAAGAUCCCUAUCAACCGUAUUACUUCAAAGGCACCAGUCUUCAAGGAAGUGAAAAGGAGUGCUCACAAUGCUAUAGAGAGGAAAUAUCGAACCAGCAUUAAUGAUAAAAUAGUUGAAUUGAAAAAUAUGGUAGUUGGGGUUGAUGCCAAGCUCAAUAAGUCGGCUAUUUUGAAAAAGACUAUAGAAUACAUUCGAUUCCUUCAAAAUUCGAAUACAAAACUGAAACAAGAAAAUAUGAUGUUGAAAAUGAAGGCAAAACAGAAUUCCCUCAAAGAUCUUCUCACUUCUGGCAAGAAUUCUUCGAUGUUUUAUCAACCGGAGGAUACUCCACCUCACUCCGAUAUAUCCACCUUAUCUCCGGAACAUUCUAUACCUUCUAGUCCAGAAUACUCUACACUCAUCAAAGACGAUAGUGAGGAUGAGUUAAUGCCUUUAGCGAAGGGAAUGUUGGAUCAGACCAAAAUUACUCUUUGCAUGUUUAUGUUCGUUCUGCUUGCCUUCAAUCCUUUCGGUUUUGCUGUUAACCGUUUCUCAGGAGGUUAUACGGAAACCAAAUAUGAUUCCAGGAGAUUCUUAAGUUUGGAUUUCAACUACUCCCCUUCUUUCGAUUUGAGUAGUUUGUUAUUAUGGCUAUUCAACACUGUCAUUUUGGGAUUCUGCUUAAUAAAAAUGUUUGUUUACGGUGAUCCCAUCAUACCGAGCAAAUCUAAAGAAUCCCAAACUUUCUGGAGACAUAGAAGACAGGCUGAUAUGUAUUUGGCUAAGGGUGAUAAAUUAGCAGCCAAACAGGAAUUGCACAAGUGUUUGAAUAUUUACGGUGUCAAUUUACCAACAAGUCGAAUCGAAUUAUUCCUUUCCUUAUGUUGGCAACUCUUCCGUCAAGUUCUCCAUAGAUUAUGGAUAGGUCGGUGGUUGUCGAGACAUGCUGGAGGUUUUCUUGUUGAUGGAGCGACUAGAUUCGAAGCCCAGACUUCUUGUUGUGACCUGGCGAUGGUUUACAACGAUCUUCAUCAGAUUCAGCUGAUAGAAGGACCAGAAACGACCUGUCAUAUGAUGGGGUUCGCGAUAGCUCUGAACGCUUUAAAUUUGGCGGAGGCCGGGAAAUGUAAGCUGAGAACAGCUCAGUACGUCGAUGUUUUCAUUGGGAUGUCUCUGAGGAUCAAAAUGUCUUGUCCGACCAUAUUCCAAGGUCUUCAGAGGUAUUACUUGGGCCUUGCUAAAUUAGCUGCGUUGAAUUCUUGUGAUCCCAUACCGUCGAGACAACAAUGGCUUCUGACUCCCGAAGGGUAUAGGUUUUUUUUGACCACGCAGUUUUCCUUCGAGAACAAACAUAACGAUCUGUCAUUUGCCAGUGUUACCAACGCGAUGGAUCCAUUGGCAUAUGUCGUUAAGGCGUUCCAAGAAUAUUUACUCGAAAAAUCGUUAGAAAUUCUCAUAUCACCAGGUAGCAAGAACGAAUCUUCCAAAGGGGAAGGUUCAGAGGUUUCUGACGUCGAACAUUUCGUUCAAAUAUUAUUUGAAAAUUCCGCCAUGGAUGCCCAGACUUUAUUCAGCUCGGACACGCUAAACAAUUAUCAGGAUGAGAUUGCAAUAUGGUGGACUUCCUUCGUUGCGAUCGCCUGCAAUUGGCUGCUCGGGGAAGAGAAGACCUCCCGGAAAUUGUACCAGAAGAUAGAGUACAUCCCAGACGUGCUCGCCCUCUCUGAAAAUCCGCUGCCGAAGGCAGUACUUGCAGCUUAUACGGCCAGGAAGUCGUACUUGACGAAAAAAGACGUUUGCGCCAAGCAAGUCGAGAAACAGUGCGAUCUGGCAACGUUGCUUCUGGAAGACAGCAUACGAUAUUCUAGCUGCAAAAAUCAAAAUAAUCUUGUUUCGUAUGUGCAAUUGCUCAUUUGCGAUUGGCAGCUAGAGACCAGGACCUCCCUCUGGGAAGAUACGUUGGAGAAUGAUACGACAAUAACAAGGGUGCCAACACCUGUGUUGGCAGCCUUUCAAAAAGAUUUCUCGUCGUUGAGAGUGCUGGCUCAACAUGUGCCUGUUGCCCUGCCUAGAGUUUACUUAUAUGAAGCGACAACUCGGCUAAUGGCUGGGGCUUCUCCGGGGAGAACACAGCAGUUGCUGGAUAGAAGUUUGAAGCAUCGACAAACAAAAUCCAAAAUAAUAUGUGGUAAAGGAGAUAGGGCUGUGCAAGAAUCGAAAGGAGAAAGGGAGCAUGCCACUGCCCUCUAUAUGGCGUGCAAGCAUCUCCCAGGGCUUCUAUCAUCGCCUGGCGAAAGGGCAGGUAUGUUGGUAGAAGCGGCAAAAACUUUAGAAAGGAUAGGCGAUAAGAAAAAGUUACAAGAUUGUUACAAACUGAUGAAAACGUUAGGCACUAACGCUGUCACGAAUUGAAAAAUACGUAUUGUUAGUUUAAGGUUGUAAAAUAUAGUUUAAGUUUAUUGUUAUUUAUUUGGUAUAAGUGAUACUUAUUUAUUGAAUUUUUAUAUCGAUUGAGUUUGAUUUGUGAUUUUUUUUUUAAUAAAAUUGUAAAAUAUCA